AUGUCCUUCAAAUCAAUUAUCAUCGCUUUACCAUUCCUCCUUGCCGUCUCAGCUUCUUCUCCCUCAUCAUCGACAGAACACAAUAUCUUCUUGGGAUGUACCGACCCUCUGGCUACUCCAAUCCGACCAUUGAAGGUCAAUGCCGAUUCGGUAUCUAGCUGUGUUGAAUCAUGUGGUUCAUCAGCUAUCAAAAACACUUUCGCUUACUGGUUAGGAGGCGAGGAAUCUUCAUGUGUCUGUUCGACAGUCGGUCCAGCAGAGGAAUAUGAUAUCGCUUUUCCUAGAGACGGGGAAAGUAGUUGUGAUGACCAUGAAGUUGCUGUCUUCGUAACCAAAUCUGGUCAUUCAUUCCAACAUCAACCCAAACGAUCCGGUCGAUCAUCAUCCAAAUUCAAACGAUCAUUACCUCCAAUCGAAAGAGAUACGUCAUGUCCUGAACCUUUGACCGCAUGUAAUGUCGAGGGUGAUUCGAGCAGUUAUCAAUGUAUUGAUCCCCAAUUCGCUUUGAACUCAUGCGGUGGUUGCAUUCACGGUGAAUUCGGGUCUACCUCAGUGGCAUCUUCAGCAGUAGACUGCUCGAAACUCGAAGGUGUAGCUGAAGGAGGAGUGAUCUGCUCAGCAGGUAGAUGUAAAGCCUAUAGAUGUUCGGAUGGAUAUCAAUUAUCAAGUGCCAAUACUUGCGUCAAGAAGUAA